CUUCGAGUGUUUUUGUAACAUUUAGUACUUGUGUGGUUUGUUGUAGAUAGUAUUUGUGUGGUUUGUUGUAGAUAGUACUUGUGUGGUUUGUUGUAGAGGAAAGUUCGCAGACAGGAAGUGGGUUUGUCUAUGCGGGACGCCCAAAUGGUUUAUCUUCAUCUUCUUCAAACUCUUGAAAUUAGUGUUAAAAUCAAUGAAACUACAAACUUCAUCAGUAAUGAUAAAAGUUGUGUUCUGUGGCUGAAACUACACAAAACUUUGACUUCACCAACGGGAGAACUUUACUUGUUUUCACCCGGACUGUUUUCGUGGCUGCACCGCAACCCGGAAGCAGCUUCUUUAGAUGGACGCGGGGAAGUUUUUAGGCCAGAGGAAACAAAACCAUGUUUUACUGCAGCAGCGGCGGCUCGGAGCCGCUCAGCGGGUCUAAAACUGAUAUUGUGAGAGGAAUCAUCACCGAGAAGCUGACCACGGCCGCGCGGGAGAUCUUCGCGGUGGUGGAGAAGAUCGUAACCGACUACGAGGCGGAGGCUUCGGGCUUCAGGCAGCAGGUUGACCGCCAGAGGAGGCAGCUGGAGCUCCUGCAGCCUCGGGUCAAACUCCUCAGAGAAGAGGAGGUCCCAGAUCAGCGCAGCCAGGUGGUCGUUAGUGAGGAGCAGCAGACAGAUGUAGAAAAACCUGGACUCCUGGACUUUCUCUGGUACAACGACGAUGAGGAGGAAGAGGAGGACGCUGCUGAUCAGGAUCAAAAGGAACAGCUGUUGGCUCAGCCCACUUCCAUCUCCAGAGGAAAACAAGAUCACCUGAAGGAUCCAGAUUACGAAAUCCCGCCAAGAUUAUCGUCCAGACCUCCAUCUGAGAGGACCUGGCCCGGCAGACCUCGGCUCAGUGACACACAGAACCACCUGGACCUGCGGGUGCGGCUGCUGGAGGACUCUCACACCCAGGUGCUCUCCAACAUCGUGUUUCGGACCACUCCGGUCCGGGACCUGAAGUGUCCCCGUGGUCUACAGGAGUCAGAGUUUCUGGACCUCCUCAGGUCCUCCUUCCCUCAGCUGGCUGAUGGAGAACCUUUUGAUCUCUUCACCACCGACCUCAGCAGGAAGCUGCUGCCUCUGAGGGUCAAAGCUCUGACCCCGGAGGAGAUCUACUCCACCAUCAGGUCUACAGGGAAAAUGUCCAUCUACGUUCGUCUGAAGUCCUCAGGCGGCAGCAGAAGUGAAGAUCUGCAUCCUCCUGAGAACCCUGAUGAUGAACCCAGAUCCAGUUGUGCAUCAGCAUCUUCUGGUCCCACCAAAGGGAUUAUGAGGUUGGUGUCUGCUGGCAAGAGGAGACGUGGCAGACCUCGCCUUGGUGAAGAACCUUCUCACCACCUUCUCAGGCUCUGCUUGUUGGACAAUCCCAACUCGAUCAAGCUCCCUAAUCCCGAGUUGCAGAAAUCUUCGGUGCUGGACCUGAAAUGCCCCCGUGGUCUUCAGGAGGAGGAGUUUGUGCAUCUGCUGAAGUCCACCUUCCCUCAGCUUGUUGGAGAUGACAGAAGAUUCAGCAUCUAUAAGUCGGACCGAAACAAAAAGCUCCAGAAGGUCAGAGUGAAGAGCCUAACGCCAGAGGAGAUCUACAAGAACAUGAAGUCCACAGGGAUCAGGAAGAACUUCAUCUACAUCAAAGUGAAGACAGGAGAUGAUGAGGAGAGUGAGGAGGAUCCAGAACCAGCUGAUGGUGCAGCGACGGAGCAGGAAGCUGGUUUAAGUUCAAGCUCUGCUUCUGAAUGUCGUAAAAGACGGAGCGUCCUCUCCGGCUCAUCGGCAUUACAGCAACAGGACGUGGAUCCAGAUCAAGGCGGAACGGUGAGUGGAAUGGAAUUUCAUGUUGGAGAGCAGGCUUUAGAUGGAGAUGACGACUGCAAACCGGAGCUACAGGAGAAGGGGAAGGCCAGUAAAAUUCCCUGUAAGGUGUGUGACCUGCAGUUCCUGGUCCUGGGGUCUCUGACCAGACACGCCUGGCGUCAUCUGGAUGACCCUCUGAGCAUCUGUGGGGUGUGUGCAGAGGGCUUCCCGUCUUCAGAGGAGCUGAAGAAGCACCUGUGGUCUCACCAGAACACCAUGGACUGUUCCUACUGCGGGAAGACCUUCUUCUCCAUGAAUGGACUCAACAACCACAUCUCUCUGCACACGGGCAAGCGCUUGUUUAAAUGCAACAUCUGCAACAAGAGCUUUCCUUACUUGUCGGUGCUGAACAACCACCACUGGGUCCACGUGGAGGACAAACCGCACAAGUGUGACCUGUGUGCUAAGGCGUUUGGGCUGAGGGCUCAGCUGCUGGCUCAUAUUAAGACUCACAACAAGAGCGACAGGUUCAACUGCAACAUCUGCGGCAGGUCUCUCUACGACCUCCGGUCUCUGAUGCGCCACAAGAUUACCCACACUAAUGAGCGGCGUUACGGCUGUGACGUCUGCGGCAAACGCUUCAAACUCCAGGGGACGCUGAGGGCCCACGAGAAGACCCACACAGUCCGAGAGCGGUCCUACCUCUGCCACAUCUGCUGCAAAACCUUCGUCACCAACUCCUCCCUGACCAGUCACAUGAAGACCCACAGUGACGCCAGGCCCUUCGUCUGUACCGUCUGCUCUAAAGGCUUCCUAACCAACACUGACCUCAGGAACCACAUGCGCGUCCACACGGGGGAGAAGCCGUUCAAAUGCACCAAGUGUGGACGCCUCUUCAAACUCAAGAACACCCUGAGGAACCACAUCCUGACCCAUACGGGCAUCAAGCGCUUCAUCUGUAGCGUCUGUGGGAAAACCUGUUCUCGUCAGGAGCACCUGAACGUCCACAUGAGGACACACAACGGAGAGAGACCCUACAAGUGUCAACUGUGUGAGAGAGCCUUCACCCAGAGCCACUGUCUGAAGACACACAUGAAGAGCCACCAGACUGGGAAGGACACUCUGGAGGUGUCAACAUCACAAAGUCCUUCAGUCUGAUGAGGACACGAUCCGUGUUUGAUACAAAUCACUAAACGAAUAGGGCUGGUACUCAAGGAUGUAGAAGGUUUACGUUGGACAUAGACUCUGUCCGUCCUACAAUACCUGUCUCACACACGUAGGUUUACAUUAGACGUAGACUCUAUCUGUCCUACAAAGACUGUCUAACAGACUCUUGUAGAGAUGCUGGCAGUGUUGGACCAGCGUUAUUCUCUUCCGCGUUCCCAGACUUUGUAGGAUAGAGGUUCUGACUCUGUGGAGCUUCCUGAUCCCGAUAAUCCCAAUUUAAAUGAAUGUCCAGACAGCGACUCUAUUGGACGGCCAGAGGAUGUGUGGGUAACGACCAAGCCCCCACAAUGCGGGUCUGAAAUUGAGGCCAAUGCGGAAGUGAAAUAAAUUGCAGUUCUCAUGCGCUCAAAAGUGCUCAUCCGCUGGGGGCUGGUGUCAGAAACGAGCAAAUCCUCAUUGACUCCCAUGUUAAAAAUACCAAUUUCACAGCAGAAAUAAACAUGUUUACAGCCUGGUACCAAAACAUGUUUUUGGUUUAAUUGAUCUAGUUUACACUCAUGACAACUCUGAGGGGGGUGAAUUUUUUUGGCACUCUUCUGUUUAGGUGUAUUAAAAGCCUCAAAUUCUGACUAAUUGAUGAGCAUCAGACCCACGUGACCACAGAGCUAGCUCCGUGGAAAGGCCUCAGUCUCGCCUGAAAACUGUUCCGCGAUUUUUAGUCUCUGAACUUAGACCAGCUAAUCAGCUCUGGCUGAUUUAUUGUUUGGAUCACAGUGAGUUACACUAAUUCUAAUAUAUUUUUAUUUCUAUUAUACAUACAAACUUUUUAUUUUUUAAUUUUUAUUUCCACAUGACUGUUAUCAGGCUCUCUUGUUCUGGUUCUGAUGAUAAUUCCGUGUCUUCCAGUAAGUUAUCUUGUGCUUACUUCAUCUGUAGAAUGUCUCUUUACUUUUGGUGAAUUGUACCGAGUCCAGAAUAAAGGCUAGUUGGCUUUACUAGAUACAAACAAGUAUUACGUUUUAGAAAUAUAUGAAAUGUAUUUAGCCUGCUAAUUUAUCUCAAAUAUUAAUAACUACCGUAUUUUCUGGACUAUGAGUCGCACUUUUUUUCAUAGUCUGGCUGGUCCUGCGACUUAUACUCCGGCGACUUAUGUACCAAAUUAUGUAGGCUAUACCGCGCUGCUGCGGGCCGGCUCCGGACCAGGAAUGAGCUCCCCUGCCCUGUAGGGAAUUAAAAAACACACAGCCAUCACCUGCUUGAGACUGUGACGCGCAGCUGCGGGCUGGAUCCGACCCAGGUUUCAGCUCACCUGCCCCGUAGGGAAUUAAAAGACACACAGCCAUCACCUGCUGGAGCCUGUUGCGUGCCGUUGCACACUGGAUCCGGUCCAGGUUUCAGCUCCUCUGCCCCACCAUCACCUGCUGCAGCCUGUGGCGCACUGCUGCGGGCCAGCUCCGACCCAGGAAUGAGCUCCCCUGUCCCACUGAGAGGGUUUCAAACGCCGCCAUCCUCUACUGGUGACCGUGGUGCGCUGCAUUUUUUAUUCUGUUAUUGUUACCGGUACUUGUCUUGCAAUGUGAAACGCUUGGUCUCAGAUUUUGUAAGAAAAAUAAUAAAAUUUCCCCCCAAAAUGCGA